CCGGAAACUCAAAAAAUGUGUACAGUAUUGUUAGUGGUGAUGAAUCGUGGAUUAACUGUUAUGAACCAGAAAAUAAACGACAGUCGGCUGUUUGGGUGUUCCAAGGUGAAGAAAAGCCAACAAAAGUCAUCCGUUCUCGAAGUGUUUAGAAAAAGAUGGUCGCGACAUUUGUGUCAAAAUUGGGUCAUAUUGCAACAAUUCCUCUUAAUGAGCAAAGAACUGUUACUGCGGAUUGGUAUACCACCAUUUGUUUGCCAAAAGGCAUCACCGAGCUUCGAAAAAUCAACCCCGAAAGAAGAAUCAUCCUCCACCAAGACAAUGCAAGCUCACACACAGCCCAAAAAACAAGGCAGUAUUUAACCGAAGAAAACGUGUAAUUAUUGGACCAUCCUCCAUAUAGUCCCGAUCUAAGUCCUAACGAUUUCUUUUCUUUCCCGAAAAUUAACAACAGACUGCGUGGUCAAAGGUUCCAGUCACCAGAAGAAGCAGUUGACGCAUUCAAAAAUGCCGUUUUGGAUCUGCCAGCAAACGAGUGAAAUAA